UAAAGACCCGGUCUGGGCGCGUGUGAUUAUGCAAUAUAAACCCCUCAUUACGUUUCCAAGCAUUUAAACACGACCUCGCAACGAAUCCCUCGAUACUCAACAGACUCACAUCAGAGUACAAAAUGCCAACCCUCUACAGUUACAAAGAAUCCGGCAACAGCUACAAAGUCCGGCUCCUCGCCGCCCUGCUGAACAUCAAUCUAGAAAUCGUCGAAGUCGACUUCCUCGGCGACGAGCAGCACGGCGAGAAGUUCCUCUCCAUAAACCCCAAAGGCGAAGUCCCUGCCCUCGUCGACAACGAUGUCGUCCUCACAGACUCCGCCGCAAUCCUGGUCUACCUGGCCGGGAAACACGCCCGCCCGGAUGAGAAGGGGUGGUGGUCGGCCGAUAUCACGGAGCAAGCACAUAUCACGGAGUGGUUAGCGUUCGCUGCGAGCUGGGUGCAGUAUGGCGUCUUUACUGCUCGUGCGAUACUAUCAUUCGGGGGUCCGUAUAACGGGCUAGGAACUGCGAGUACAGAGCAGACAUUGAAAGAGGCCCAGACGCGCGGUGUCAAAUCGCUGCAAAUCCUUGAUAAGGUUCUGGGGGAAUCGCCAUGGUUGGCACUGGGCCGGCCGACUAUUGCUGAUAUUGCGGUGUUCGUUUAUGUUGCUCUGGCGCCGAUGGGAGAUGUUUCUCUCGAGCCGUUUGAGAAUGUCAGGGGCUGGAUUGAUCGGAUUAAGGGGCUGCCAGGGUUUAUCCCGAUUGAUGGGCUGAGUGAUCCUCUAUAUAGGCGACGAAAUGCGUGAAGUAUUCGGAGCGGUGUCACGGAGGAUGAUCGAUUUAUAAGUGUAUAUAGGUUGUACCACGAACCAGGUCGGCAAACC